AUCUACUUCCUGCCCCCUAUUUCCAAUCAUUGCACGUUUUAGCCAAACUUAUUUAUGGAUUUACACCUAAAUUGUUAAAAAAUAAAUGAGAAAUAAGGAAUAGAAAAGAAUGAGGUUCGAGAACUCCAAGAAGAAUGGGCACGAACCGGCAAGAAUGAGAGUUCGGGGAUCGAACUCGAGUUACGUCCUUUCUGAUUCGAGCCGAGAAAAACAAUGAAGAAGAAGAAGAAGAAGAAGGAGAAGAAGCAGACCAUCUAGAAGGAACUUACCACUACCAACGGUACUACGAAGAAGACAGAAUUGCACUGCCAUAGUUAUCCUAAAGAAGAUUUCCGUCUCUUUUGCACCUAACGACCUACGGAAGUGGAUGAACCUCGCCGAAAUGAAGAGGAAGUAGAAGAAAACGAUAACGGGAUAAACAACACACAACACCACGUAUCGCCAAUGCCAAAGGGUCUCUCCAUCGACGAAAUACGAUGCUCAAAAUAAAAAAAGGAAUCAAGAAAAAAAUCAAAGGAAAGAAAGGAAAGAAUGAUGAGUUAUUUACUCCAGAGGAAUUAGAGCAGUAUAAAAGAGAAAAAGAAGAAGAAGCACGACGACUUGCUGGGCAGCAACAGCAGCAGCAGCAGCAGCAGCCAGAAACUGAAGAAGAGAAGGAAAACAUACCAGGAGAGGCAGAACCAGCAGCACCUGAACAGGAAGGAGCAACAGGAACUUCUGAGACUCAGGAGGCCUCAUCAUCUAAAGAAGACUGGAGAAGUUUCUUUGCUGCAACCGAUACCGUUCUUAAGAAGACCACAGACAACCUCAACCUAAUCAAGGAGGCAAGUUAUUUUCAGAAGAAAGAAGAGCUCAGCCAGAAGGAAGUUGAGGUGGUUCAGGAAACAUCUGUUGAAGCACCAUCACCUGCAACUACCAGUGGAAAGAGGUGGGUUGACCUUGAGAAGGGAGGAAUAGAUGAAGAAUCACAGGAUACCAGUGAAGAAGUAAAAGAAACUGAAGAGCCUGAGCCAGAGCCAAAGUCUGAACCUGAGCUUGCUCCCCUCCAAUUCAUUGAAGAUCUUCCAGAUGUUGAUGUUGAUGACUUUACUGAAGUUUUUGACACUACAUAUGUUGAUAAUGUAGAAAGUGGGCAAGUCAAACUUCAUUAUAUCCCUGAUAGCCCAACAACAGAAGACCCUAAUGAGCCUGACCCUUUUGAUACAUCAGUGUUCGACAAGGUUUUGCAUGUUGAGGAACCAAAACCAAAGGAAACCAACAAAAAGAAACCAGAACCUGAGAAAAAGAAGAAGCAACUUGUAAAUUUAGGUUGUGCAGUUGAAGUUUUAACAGGCAAGGUUCAGACUGCAGAUAAACCUUCUGGAACACCUCCACCAGACUCAAAACGUCGACGAGUUAUUCCUAAGGAGAUCAACUUACUAGCAGACGCUGCUGGUGAAGAAAACUUAAACACCCAGAUAGGUGAAGAAGAGAACGAUAAAGAAAACGAUACAGAGGAUAAUACAACUAAGGAACUUGAUGGUAAUAUUCUUGAUGACAUACUUUGUGUUACAGAUGCUAUUGAUUUACCGGACACAAGUGUAGUCCUCUGCCCAACUCCUAGAGCUACAUCCCCCUCUGUUCUAUCUGAAGACGGUAAAACAAAUGAAAAUGCAGAGUUAGUUGCAGAAAAUUAUCUUGAAUGUGAAAAUAAAGAAGUAGAUUUAAGUGAAUUUUUGGAAUCAAAUGGUGAAGACCACGAUAACAAAGAAUCCAAAGACAGUGGGAAAGAUCUAGAUCUCAAGGAUCUUGUUGCUGAAUUUGAUAUUAUAGACAAAUCUGAAGUUAUAAAUGAAACACUGAUUCCAACCGAGCCUGAUCCUAUUGAGGACGAGUUUGAUGCAGAAUUUGCUUUCUUAGCAGCAGAGUCAGUUGCAAAAGCAAAGGAAAAAGAACUCACAGAUCUUGAAGACGAUCCUUUUGAUACAUCUGCUGCUGCACAAGUUCUUGGUCCAGAAGAGACUCAAGAAACUGAAAAAGAUCCAUUUGAUGUAGGUUUUGCAGAAGAAGCUUUGGGUGAAACUGUUCCAUCAGGAAAACCUGUAAAACCACCACCACCUAGACCAGCAUUUCCAACAGCCAACAAAGUACCUGAAGAAGUAGAUCCCUUUGACACUUCAAUUGCAGAUGCACACUUGCCUGUAGAUCAUCUUGCCUCUCCAGAAGCUACUCUAGACCUCCCUGCAACUUUGCAGCCACAUUCAGGUGCUGAUAUUUCAAAAUCUGAAAGUUUUGAUCCUUUUGAUACUUCUAUUGCUGAAACCUUUGGCAAGACUGAAUUAAAAGUUCUUGAGACUGAAUUACUAACUACUGAUCAAAAGCAUGGGAAGAGCUUGAAGGAAGAAGACAUUGAUGAUUUUUAUUUCAAUCCAAGAGCAGAAGAACCAGAAACUCAAGAAAAACCCUCUCCCCCUUGCUUGUUAACAGCUGGUGAAGAAGAGGUUGAAAGUGGGCCAGUUCUAACUCCUUCUCAAGAGCCACAAGAGGACGAUUUUGAUCCAUUUGACACUUCCAUAGCAGCAAAAGUUGCAAUAAAGUCACUGGAAGCUGAAUUACUUAGUGACUCAGCUCAGCCAUCUUCAGAUAAAAAACAGCCACCUCCUCGACGUCCACCCAGCCCAGGACAUAUAUUUGCUACAACACCCACUGAUACAAAUCCAGCACUUCAGCCUUUUAAUGUAGGUGAUCAAGAUAAGAGUGUUGACACAGAAAUAGAUCCAUUUGACACAUCUAUCGCUGAAAAUUUUGGAAAAACAGAAUUAAAGGCACUAGCGGACGAACUUUUAACAAGUGAUCAACCUUCACAAGUAGUGCCAGAAGUUGAGAAGGAAAGGCCUGAUACUAAAUCCCUUCAAUUGCCAGUCAAGCCACUUCAUCCACCAUCCCCAAAGUGUCUGUUGGCAGCAACACCUGUUGAUGAGCACCCAACACUUAAACCAACACUUGAACCAACAGAUAACAACUCCAAUACAGACGACAAAGAAUUUGAUCCAUUUGACACAUCUAUUGCUGACCAGUUUGGGAAGACUGAACUAAAAGUUCUUGAAACUGAAUUGCUUGUCGCUGCCAGUAACCCAGUUGUUGAAGAAUUUGACGACUUUAAUCCUCGUGCAGAAGCAGACGUGCCAACAAAACCUUCAAAGCCAUCCCGACCUCCAUCCCCUGCUCAGCCUCAGUGCCUAUUAACUGCUACACCAGCAGGUUCUCCACCAGGUGCUGAACUGCUUGCACCUACAGAAUUCAAAACAUCUGCAACUAGUGAAGAUUUUGAUCCAUUUGAUACUUCUAUUGCUGAAAAAUUUGGUAAAACUGAGUUAAAGCAGCUUGAGAGUGAACUAUUAAGUUCAGCAAAUACUGUAACUGUCAUCACUGACGAUUUUGACCCCCGAGGUGAAGAGACCAAGAAACCUCCAGUUCCUCAGAAGCCAAGUCGACCAGGAAGACCAGCAGUACCAGCAGCUCCCUGUCUUCUUGCAACAACUCCAACUGAUCAAAGUGUGCCAUUGCAGCCUAGUCUGAAUACUGCUGAAGAACCUAAAGCAGGCGUUACUCCAGAAGACUUUGACCCAUUUGACACUAGCAUAGCUGAAAAACUCUGCAAAACAGAGAUUGAAGCCCUUGAAGAAACCCUUUUUACUAACAGCAGUACAGAAGCUGAUAUCAAAACAGCAGCAAAUUUAUCUUUAGCAACAAGUAACGCACCUAGCUUCUCUGCUGAUCACUUUCUUUCUUCUUCCCCAACAGAGAAUCUUGGGCCAACACUACAGCCAGUCCAAGGUCAGCAAGAGGAAGAACCUAAAGAUUUUGAUCCUUUUGAUACCUCUAUUGCUGAAAAGUUUGGAAAAACUGAACUUAAAACCCUUGAGUCUGAACUGUUAUCUGAUUCUGGUGUUAAAAGAAACUUAAGUGACGACGAAUUUGACCCUCGAGAAGAAGAAACAAAGUUGCCAAAGCGCCCAAGUCCUCCUAUACAAAAGCCAGACACUCCUGUGAAUCUUCUUGACUCUGCUGAAGAUCACAAUAUCACUGUUCAACCUCUCCAAGCAAGUAAGCAACAAACAGCAGAGAACCUUGAAGCAGAUUACGAUCCAUUUGACACAUCUAUAGCUGCAAACAUUGGGCCAAGCAAAGCAGAAUUAAAAUAUCUUGAGUCAGAACUUUUAAGUGCUGCAGAAGACCCAUUUGAUACCUCUAACAUAGCAUAA